AUGUUCUUCCUCCACGAAAUGGAACGAGUAGUAAACCUACACCCCUCCUACUUCGACAAAGACACACACAAAUACAUCACCGACACACUCUACCAAGACGUCGAAGGCACCAACACCGGAAACUUCUACAUCGUAUGCGUCGUCAGUGUGAUUGACAUUUCGGAACCUCGCGUGUUGCCAGGAAGCGGAUUCGCAGAGUUUACAAUCAUGUUCCAGGCGGUGGUUUGGAGACCGUUCAAGGGCGAGGUUUGUGAUGGCAUGGUGAGUAGUGUGGUUAGUAAUGGGUUCUUUGUGGAUGUGGGGCCGUUGAAUGUUUUUGUUUCCAAAGCUAUGAUUCCUAGCGAUAUCAAGUUCGACGGCAACGCGACGCCGCCGCAGUUCACCGAUAAUGCCGAUCAGGUCAUUGAGAGAGGCACUCACAUUCGCGUCAAAAUCAAGGGUAUUAGAGGUGAGGUUGGUCAGAUGUACGCUAUUGCGACCAUCAAGGAGGAUUUCCUGGGGUGA